UUCACCGUCCCCUCCCCGCCCCGCAAGGCGCCGGCCAGGUCCCGCCGGCCGCUGGGUCCCAGUCCCAGGCUGGCAGCAGGGCUGGCAUCGCUGUCACGGCCCGCAGCUACGGGGUCCCCGGAGGAGAGCGGGUGCCAGGCACCUGCACGAACAGCCUCAGGGGACUCCCUUUCUCCUGAUCCUGGAGUUAUGACCCUUGGGAGGUGAGAAGGGAUGCAGGCCCAUGGGCCUCCACAUGAGGGCCCCCUCCGAGGACUCGUGGCCUCCCGAAUUGAGGCCUAUGGGGGCCGGCAUCGGGCCUCCACCCAGAGCACACCUGCCAGUCCCAAUCCUCGAGGAGGCCCCGUGCAGGAUCCCAGUCGCCGCCGUUUUGCCAAGAGUCCUGGCCUAUAUCCCUUGACGUUGCGAGACCCAGAGCCUGAGAAAAGGCAUGGAAUCUAUUUUGCGGUCAGCCCACCCUACUACCCCAGGCUUAAGGAAAUCACCAAGGCCCAGGAGCUGGAGGCGAGGUUGCGCACCUUCAGCAUGUUUGGGAUGCCCCGCCUGCCCCCCGAGGACCGGCGGCACUGGGAGAUUGGCGAGGGCAGUGACAGCGGCCUGACCAUUGAGAAGUCCUGGAGGGAGCUGGUGCCUGCACACAAGGAGAUGAGCCGGGAGCUCUGCCACCAGCAGGAGGCCCUGUGGGAGCUGCUGACCACCGAGCUGAUCUAUGUGCGAAAGCUCAAGAUCAUGACUGAUCUCGUGACUGCUGGUCUGCUGAACUUACAGCGAGUGGGGCUGCUGACGGAAGUGUCAGCUGAGACCCUGUUUGGAAAUGUCCCCAGCCUCAUCCGAGCCCACCAGAGCUUUUGGGAGGAGGUGCUACAGCCAUUCCUGGAGCAGACUCGGGCCUCAGGCCAGUGUCUAGACCCCGUCACCCUGAAGAAUGGCUUUCUGACGUUUGGCCAGCGGUUCCAGCCCUAUGUCCCGUACUGCCUGCAAGUGAAGAAGACCAUGGCUUAUGCCCGGGAGCAGCAAGACACCAACCCACUCUUCCAUACGUUUGUGCAGCAGUGGUGUGAGCAGCACAAGCGGUCAGGGAGGCAGACACUGGGUGAUUUGCUCAUCAAGCCCCACCAGCGCAUCACCAAGUACCCACUGCUACUCCAGGCUGUGCUGAAAAAGAGCUCUGACACUCAAACCAAGGAGACCCUGAAUGCCAUGAUCACAAGUGUAGAGUCCUUCCUGCAACACAUCAAUGGGCAGGUGCGCCAGGGAGAAGAGCACGAGAACUUGGUGGCUGCAGCCCAGCGCAUCGGUCCCUAUGAGGUGCUGGAGCCACCCAGUGAGGAGGUGGAAAAGAAGCUGCGCCUUUUCUCCACCCUGGACUUGAUGUCGCCUAUUCUGGGGGUCUCCCUGGCGCACACCAGGCAACUGCUGCUGGAGGGACCCGUGCGGAUGAAGGAGGGGCGAGAUGCGAAGCUGGAUGUGUACCUGUUCCUCUUCUCCGACGUGCUGCUAGUGACCAAGCCACAGCGCAGGACAGACAAGGCCAAAGUCAUCCGCCCCCCUCUUAUGCUGGAGAAGCUUGUGUGCCAACCGCUGCGAGACCCCAACAGCUUCCUGGUCAUUAGCCUCACCGAAUUCCAGUGUGUCGCCAAUGCGUUCAUUGCACACUGCCCCACUCCCACAGAUCGAGUACAGUGGCUGAAGAAGAUACAGGAAACCCAGGUCGCCCUGCGGAAGUUGAAGGUAGAGGAGUAUGUCCAACAGAAGAGGGAGCUCCCGGCCCUAUAUGGAGAUCAGGACCGCGAGUGCCCCAGCACCAGGCCCUCCACACCUUCCCUGGAAGGCUCUCAGAGCAGCGCAGAGGAGAGGACUGCUGAAUUCACCGCCCCCCACCUGGUGGUGACAGAGGACACAGAGGGAGACACUUCCUCUGUACUAGACGAUGCUUCAGACUCUGGCUAUGGCACUUUGAUCGCAAGUUCGCCCAAGGAGCCCCCCUCUCCACUGAGCCGAUUACGACCCAAGGCUUUUCGAAGGGACCCCCGCCUCACCUUCUCCACCCUGGACCUCCGAAAUGUUCCUUUGCGUCCCCAGCCUCCCGACCCCCAAGCUUCUAAACGCCUAAGCGCCCCGGAACUGCCUGAAGAUAUCGGAAGAGGGGGCAGUCUUCCCAGAGGAGAAACGCCCACCUGGUCUGAGGAGGAGGAGGGGACCUUGGCUGGGCGGCGGAAUAUGGUGGUGGAAACGCUGCACCGAGCUAAGCUGCGGGAGCAGCACUCGCCCUCCUCAACCCACGCUGAUUCUGCCGCUGACUCUGCUGGCGAGAGCCCCUGGGAGUCUUCGGAGGACGAGGGACCUCCCUUCCUAAGCCCGGAGUGCAGCCCCCGAGCCCAUCCACUCCGGGCUGAGGACAUGCUGCGGGAGAUCCGAGAGGACCUGGCCAACCAAAGGAUUGAGGGAGCCCCGGAGCCUCGGGAGAGUAGGCCUCGGAAGCUGACGCGUGCCCAGCUGCAGAGGAUGCGGGGCACCCACAUUAUACAGCUGGACACCCCUCUGUCUGUGUCAGAAGUGUGAGCAAUGCUGAGGACCUCUGGAGUAUCUCUCAGAGGAAAUGUCUCCCCAAGAGUGCUGGCCACCACCCCACCCCUGGACUCUACCUCAAGGACCCCGAGACGCCUGGCCCAGGCUCCACUCUCAGGACUGUGGAUUUUUGUAUCAUAGACACCCCAGAGCCCCACAUAAAAUUGUGUAUAAAAAUCA